UAAGAACAUUUGGGUAACUUUCCUGGUAUACUAGAUCCCUCUCCCAGAUCGCAGAAAUGGAAGAGUACAGUCCUCCCAAUGUCUGCCCCGAGACAAGAAUAAGAAUGGCACCAGAACCCUCGGUAUGCUCUGACGUAAGAAAAAGACCAGCCGAGGCCAGCGUAUGAGUCGAUCUUCCCGUCUAUCAGUGACUCACAGUAUCAGACAGGAUUUAGUCCCAUUGUCCGAGAUCGGCACAGAACAGAUGUCGCCGCAACCAAAGCGCAUAAAGGUAGAGGUGGACGAUGCGCCGCUACCCGUUCCCAAACGGCUGACGCAAGCAUCGCAACAACGACAGUACAGAAAAUUAGUUACACCGUUUCGGUCACCCCUCCUGACCACAACUGGAGAGCCUUCCCGCAGGGUCGAGUGCUCAUCCGUAAAGUCAGAACCGGUUCGCGGACCUGGUCCAGCCACUAGCAAUUCCUUGUUCAGGCAACCCCAUUCAAGUCCGUCGCCGCAGGGACAUUUUGUCCGCUCGAAAAUAACGACAGGGACAAGGACAGGAGGAGCCGCCGCCCAAUUCAAGUCGCCCGUCAUGCAAUCUGCAGGCUCUUCCCCUGGCGUGUCAAGUCGACCAUCUAUCCGUCUGACGCCCACGGUACAAAUGCUUGAGCACAGGCUACAGGUUCUUCGGCGCGCCGUAAAGGUCAAGGAAGACGAGGACGAAGAAAUUCUACAGCAACUCGUGACGAGGUGGACCGACGCAGGAAGGGAGGCAGCCUAUCAGCUAUGGGAUCUUGCCAAAGACACUGGAGAUUUACAAAGCAAGUCAACGGACCUUGGAAGCAUUUGGAGUCGCGGUGCGACGACUUCCAGUGACAUAAAUUGGGGGUGGGAUAAACCUGAAGACGAUGUUAACGACCGUGCAGAUUGGCAUGGUACAGAGGAGAUGGCUUGCGAGGAGGAUGAACCUCGAAACACAUUGGGCACGAUGCUCCGCCAGCUUCGAAUCGACCCAGUGACGUUAGGUUGGGAUGAGCAGACAGAAACAUUUAUUGACUGACUCCUGUAAUAACAAUCCCUGACACAAAUUACUGAUGCCGUUGCCACAAAAACACUCCAUGUUGUGUGUGAGCCUUCGUGUG